CAUUAAUGAAAAGGAUGGGGAAGGGGGUAGGCCAAACGCUGGCAGUGGAGUAACGAGAGUAACGAGAGUAACGAGGACUAGAGGAGGGCGGGUGGCGGCCAUAUUAUUUUUUUACGGGAGCGCAGUAAAAUGUGUGGGUUGGUUUUCUAUCAAUUGCAUUAAGAGCACAGUAUAUAUAUGCACUAGUCUCUCAUCUUCUCUCGCUCAGCCACAUCAGUUCACACCUUUCUCCGGGCACUUGCACGCACGCACGCCCACACGCGCACACAUACACACACUAUAUCUGUGAGGAGCGCGCGCACACACCUUCGCAUAGUCUCCUCGCGCAUGACAGGCGACAGGGCGUGACGAGCUCUUGGUGUCUGAGACUCAGCAGGUGCAGCAGCCACACUUCAGUCUUCGCUCUGCCUUGUGCUUCGAAAGGUUAAUCUCCGGCGUUAACCUCUUAGCUGCUGAGACAUAGUUUGAAGGCAGUAGUCCAGUCCUCAACGACUUAUUGAUGCACAUCGCUGGUCACAUCCAUCGUCAGUAAAAAGUACCAAGUCUGACCACCUGAAAGUAGUUCCAGCCGUUAUUUGCUUCAUCACACAGACGAGAAAUCCGCCGACACACCAGCAACCAUGAAGUCCCUCCUGCGCAUGAUGCAAGAGCUAGCGACCGUGUGGCUCAUCUGCGUUCUGGCAGGCACCAGCUGCGCCGUCUUCUACACCAAGAGCACCGACAACGACUACCCUCGCAUCGGCCGGCGAAGCUUUUUCACUGGCGGGGGCACCUCGUCUUUUUACCCCCGGGUCGGCAGAUCCAGGCUCCUCAUCGCCACUUCCGGUAACACCAACGAUGACAUCACUUCCGGGGGCCAGGCGUACGAUGGCGAUUUUCUGUCUCUGAUCAACAAGCGCGGGAUCUUCACCUCAGGGGACCAGGGGUUUCCAAGGGUCGGGCGUGCCGGCUCCGAUGCUUCUGGAAGUGCCAUAGGGAACGCUGUUGGCGAGAAAAGCCCGGCAUCCCUUGCAGCAUCCGCCGAAGCCCCGAUUUACAAGUGUCGGACGACCAAGACCAGUUUAGGGCGCCUCUGGGAUUCAUGUUUUUCGACUUCGACAAAAAUGGAGACAAAGUCCUUUCACGGGAAGAGUUCAUUACUGGAAUGGGAAGAGCGCGGGAGGAAGGAACAGCUUGCCGAUAGUCUGUCCUUGGCAGACUCUCCUUCUCGGUGACUGAAGGUGGCAAACAACAUUGACAGACAUUGGUGUCUGUAUGACAGGACGACACGACGGUCCCAUGAUCGGCUGUUCCUGGUAUUGCUAUUGAUCUGUAGGAAAAGAGAAAAUUCUUGUCAGCUCGAGGCUCGUGUGCGUCACGAGCAAAUGAACACAACUCCUUGAUGGAUGUUCGCGCUAACCCUGUUCUUAGGCUCUCGCUCCUUCCAGUGGGAAGUAAUAAAACACAAUUUAACA